AUGCCGAGCUGGCCAAGGGUUAUCUCUUCCUAUCGUCCAUCGCCUUUAUUGCCGAGUCGUCUAUAUCAAUUGAACCAACUCCUACAGCUAUCAACAAUGCCUCCGAAAAGAAAGGCCGAUACGGCAGAGGCCAAUGGCGCCCACGCCAGCAAGAAGGGCCGACCGGACCUCCGUCAGCCGCAUCCGAAUGCAAAGCAGGCCGAAGACUUUGGCAUUGUUCUACGAGAGUUCUACCCGCCGGAGAUGAGCAACGAGCGUUGCCAAGCAUAUACCAAUGGCGAAUUGGAACGUCCAAUAGACACGUUGAGAAAGGCCUGCCAGGACACUGCGGAGACACGUCAAUCGGUUGACGUGGGUAGCGCCGUGGUCCACUGGUUCAAGAGCGACCUUCGCCUCCAUGACAACAGGGCCUUGUACGCGGCCUACGAGACCGCGAAAGAACACCAAGUUCCUCUGAUCGGUCUCUACAUCGCCUCUCCGCAAGAUUGGACCGCACACUCCACCAGCCCUGCCCGAGUGGAUUUCACCUUGCGGACGUUGCAGCGGCUGCAGCAGGACCUAGGUGAGCUGGAUAUCCCUCUGUACAUGGAGACGCAAGAGAAGCGCACAGCAAUCCCGAAUCGCGUCGUGGAACUGUGUCAACAGUGGGAGGCUAGGCACCUCUAUGCCAAUAUUGAGUACGAGGUCGAUGAGCUGCGACGGGAGGCCAAGAUUGUUCGAGCUUGCGCGGACAAGGGAAUCAAUUUUGCUCUUAGUCACGAUACCUGUGUGGUUACUCCGGGCCAGCUGGAGACUGGAACAGGAAACCAGUAUGCAGUAUAUACCCCGUGGUAUAGGUCUUGGUUGAGGUUUUUGAAGGAGAACCCUGAUUACUUGGAAGUCUCCGAAGAACCAGGGUCCAACCCUGGGAAUGCACGCCAGGAUUUCAAAGAUCUCUUCGACUCCAAAAUUCCAGCGAUGCCAAAGACCCAUGCAGUAUCUGACGAAGAGAGAAAGCGAUUUGAAACGAUGUACCCUGCGGGUGAGCAUGAGGCUAUGCAGCGACUUGACAAAUUCUUGGAACAAAAGGUUCGGCAAUAUGAGGAGCAGCGGAGCACCCUGCCUGGUGAACACACCUCUGUGCUCAGCCCGUACUUUGCGUGCGGAGCUCUCAGCGCACGCACAGCUGUAACAACGGCGAAGCGGAUCAACAAGGGCCAUCUCGAUCGUUAUGAUCAAGGAUUCAUGACUUGGAUUAGUGAAGUCGCUUGGCGUGACUUCUACAAACAUGUCCUGGCACACUGGCCGUUUAUCUGCAUGAACAAAUGCUUCAAGCCCGAACACACGAACAUCGAAUGGGAGUAUGAUCAAGAGAUCUUCCAAGCCUGGUGCGAUGGAAAAACCGGCUUCCCGAUCGUGGACGCAGCCAUGCGCCAACUCCGCCACUGCGCGUGGAUGCACAACCGAACUCGGAUGGUGGUCUCCUCGUUCCUGACCAAGGAUCUGAUGCUCGACUGGCGCCGCGGCGAGCGGUACUUCAUGGAGAAUCUGAUCGAUGGAGACUUCGCAUCCAACCACGGCGGAUGGGGAUUCGGAUCUAGUACCGGUGUCGAUCCUCAACCCUAUUUCCGCAUCUUCAAUCCUCUUCGCCAGAGUGAGCGAUUCGACCCCGAGGGCGAGUACAUUCGGCAUUGGCUGCCUGAGCUCCGUGAUGUUUCGGGCAAGGCUAUUCAUGAGCCAUACGCGCGGGGUGCGGCGGCCAUUGCGCAGAAGAAUGGGUAUCCCAAGCCUAUUGUUGAUCAUGCGGAGAGUAGGAAUCGGGCGCUGGAGAGGUUCAAGAGUGCGUUGCAGAAAUAA